AUUGGUGUGCUGGAUAUCCCUUCACUGGUAGCCUGGUCACAUACACUCCCAGGUCUUUCUCUGCCUCUGUGGUGGAUAGUGGAGUGUUUCCCAUGUGGUAUUGGUGUGCUGGAUAUCCCUUCACUGGUAGCCUGGUCACAUACACUCCCAGGUCUUUCUCUGCCUCUGUGGUGGAUAGUGGAGUGUUUCCCAUGUGGUAUUGGUGUGCUGGAUAUCCCUUCACUGGUAGCCUGGUCACAUACACUCCCAGGUCUUUCUCUGCCUCUGUGGUGGAUAGUGGAGUGUUUCCCAUGUGGUAUUGGUGUGCUGGAUAUCCCUUCACUGGUAGCCUAGUAACAUACACUCCCAGGUCUUUCUCUGCCUCUGUGGUGGAUAGUGGAGUGUUUCCCAUGUGGUAUUGGUGUGCUGGAUAUCCCUUCACUGGUAGCCUGGUCACAUACACUCCCAGGUCUUUCUCUGCCUCUGUGGUGGAUAGUGGAGUGUUUCCCAUGUGGUAUUGGUGUGCUGGAUAUCCCUUCACUGGUAGCCUGGUAACAUACACUCCCAGGUCUUUCUCUGUGGUGGAUAGUGGAGUGUUUCCCAUGUGGUAUUGGUGUGCUGGAUAUCCCUUCACUGGUAGCCUGGUAACAUACACUCCCAGGUCUUUCUCUGCCUCUGUGGUGGAUAGUGGAGUGUUUCCCAUGUGGUAUUGGUGUGCUGGAUAUCCCUUCACUGGUAGCCUGGUAACAUACACUCCCAGGUCUUUCUCUGCCUCUGUGGUGGAUAGUGGAGUGCUUCCCAUGUGGUAUUGGUGUGCUGGAUAUCCCUUCACUGGUAGCCUGGUAACAUACACUCCCAGGUCUUUGUCUGCCUCUGUGGUGGAUAGUGGAGUGUUUCCCAUGUGGUAUUGGUGUGCUGGAUAUCCCUUCACUGGUAGCCUGGUAACAUACACUCCCAGGUCUUUCUCUGCCUCUGUGGUGGAUAGUGGAGUGUUUCCCAUGUGGUAUUGGUGUGCUGGAUAUCCCUUCACUGGUAGCCUGGUAACAUACACUCCCAGGUCUUUCUCUUGUACGCUCAUACCCCCAAUGCAAUGUCCGCCCCUCCUGACGCUCAUACCCCAAUGUAAUGCCCGCCCCUCCUGUACGCCUACACCCCAAUACAAUGCCUGCCCCUCCUAA